CCCCCCUCUGUCUCUGUCUCUGUCUCUCUCUCCCCUUCACUCCUUUCCUGGCUUACCCAUCUCUCUUCACUCCACCGGUCACUCUGCAGGCCCACCAUGCAGCGGCUGGUCGCGCUUUUGCUCUGCUUGACUGCGUUUCUAAGUGCCUCCUCUGAAGGUGCAAGCAAAGGCCCAAGACUGGAUGAUGGACGGCUCUACAGAUUCCGUUAUGGGGUGGAGCUCGGGCUGAACCACCCCAAAGGAACGGCCAAAGGAAGCGCUGGAUUCCAAUUCUCCAGCGAUGUGGACAUCAGCCUGGCCUGGAGGAACCCGGAGAACCAGGAUGACCAAUUGCUUCGAGUCCAGAUCUCCAAUUUUCAGAUCCAGAAUGUGGCCCAACGUUCGCGCAAGAACAACAUCUUCCACGACACCACGACAGAGAGCAUUCUGGGUAGAGAGAAGCUGGAGGCUUUGCAGAGACCCUUCAUGCUGCUCUGGAGAAUGGGCAAGGUGAGGAACCUCUAUACCCACAAGGCAGAGCCUAUGACUGUCAAGAACCUGAAGAGGGGCGUGGCCAGUAUGCUAAUGAUGCAGCUGAAUUCUGGAAAGAUGAUAGAGGCUGAUGCUUCAGGGAAGUGUCUGGUUGAGUAUAAGGCCACUAAAGACCAGGUGGUCCGCACCAAGCGCAUGGACAGCUGCAAAAACCAGGAGAUAGGAUUCACAACGCACAGCCAGGUUUUGGGUGUGAGUGAGAAGUCUACCUCAGUAACAGUCAUCACUCUGCAAGAUGGCUUUAUCAAAUCUGCAGUUGCCGAGGAAACGCACGUCCUGUCCACCAAUGCUCAUCAGACAACUGCCGCCAAAAUCCUGUCCAGGCAAUCUCUGUUUCUACUGGAAGUGGCUUCAGGCCCAGUGGAGGCUGCUGGAAAAGACGCAGUCAGCGUGGUGAAGAGUCUGGACCCAAAAUUCUUCUCAGUGGGGGUUAUCUCAGAGAAGGGAAAGAGCCAGUGUAAAGGAUGCCCUUCACUGAUGGACACAUGGAAAGCUAUUCGUGGUCAGUUGGAGCCCAAGUCUUUGUCGAAAUCAUCUGCUCCCCGCAGCUUCCUGACCCUGAUCCAGCAGCUCCGCAAGGCCAGCAAAGCCGAAAUCCUUAAGGUGCUCCGCAACUGCAGCAAGACAGCACUCCCUCAGCUGGUGGACGCGGUGACCUCUGCCCAGACAGCCUCGUCUCUGUCGGCCAUGCUGGAGUUCCUGGACUUCAGCAAAGCGGACGGAAUGAUGCUGCAAGAGCGAUUCCUCUACGCCUGCGGCUUUGCUUCGCACCCUACGGAGAGCAUGCUACAGGCCCUGUUGGACAUCUCGAAGGGAAAGAUCGGCAGUAACGACAUUAAGGAGUCUGUCGUGAUCAUCAUGGGAGCUUUGGUCCAAAAACUCUGUCGGAAAGGAGGAUGCGACCUGCCGACGGUCAUCGCGGUGAAGGAGCAGCUCCUGGCUGGGCCUGACAGCACGCAGGACGAGGCAGAGGUGCAGAUGUACCUGCUGGCCCUGAAGAACUCUCUCCUUCCCGAGGCCAUCCCACUGCUGGCCAGGUACGCUGAGUCUGAAACUGGAGCGUUCAGCACCAUCGCCAUCACUGCACUGCAGAGAUAUGACCCUCUACUCAUCACAUCCGAGGUGAGGCAGGCGCUGAACCGUGUGUAUCAUCAGAACCGUCGUGUAUAUGAAAAGAAUGUGCGUGCGGCAGCAGCCGAUGUCAUCCUGAGCAGCAGCCCGUCCUACAUGGAGGUGAGGAACCUGCUGCUUUCCAUCGGCCACCUGCCACACGAGAUGAACAAGUACAUGCUGUCCAAAGUGCAGGACAUCAUGCGUUUUGAAAUGCCCGCCAGUAAACUGGUACAGAAAGCCAUGGAGGACAUGAUGAUUCACAACUACGACCGUUUCUCAAAGCUGGGAUCCUCCUCUGCCUACUCUGGUUUCAUGACACGGGGCGGUGAUGUCGUUUCUACCUACAGCUUGGACAUCCUGUACUCAGGCUCCGGCAUCAUGAGGAGGAGCAUCAUGAACAUUUUCGGCCAGAGCAACGGCGCCCUCCUGCACGGCCUGCAGGUGGCUAUUGAGGCACAGGGUUUGGAGUCUCUAAUUGCUGCCACACCUGAUGAGGGUGAGGAGGACCUGGAGUCAUUCGCUGGAAUGUCAGCACUUCUUAUGGACGUGCAGCUUCGCCCUGUGACCUUCUUCAAGGGCUACAGCGACCUGAUGUCCAAAAUGUUCUCCAUGUCCGGGGACCCCAUUAAUGUGGUCAAGGGACUCAUCCUGCUUACUGACCAUUCACAGGUGAUCCCUCUGCAAUCUGGUCUGCGGGCCGCUGUGGAGUUCCAAGGCGGUUUGGGCAUCGAUAUCUCUGGAGGAAUGGAGUUCAGCCUUUGGUACAGAGAAUCAAAGACUAGCGUCAACAACAGGGGCGCUCUGGUGGUUGUGGGUAACGUGACAGUGGAUGCCGAUUUCCUGAGUGUGAGUUUAGAGGUGAGCUUUGACAUGGAGGCGGCGCUGGACUUCAUCACCACCGUACAGUUCUCCAACUACCCCUUCCUCGUCUGCAUGCAGAUGGACAAAACCACCUUCCCCUUCAGGGAGUCGGUAUCUAAAGUGGAGAAGCUAGCCUCUGGAGAGCCUUUCACCUGGCAGAGGAGCAGAGAGCAGCUAGUGCCGGGUUCCGAAUUCCCUCUGCACCAGGAGAACUCCAACAUGUGCAAGAAAGUGUUUGAUAGCAGCUGGUAGACCUAGAACAGAUGUAAAAUGCUGCACUAGGCUGGAUUGGAUUGGCUAAAUGCCUUAGCAUGUGUCCUUUUUGCACAAGUACUUUGACUUUUUGAAGAAAAAAAAUGGCCUUUUUUGUAUGUUAACCUGAGUUUCCCUGCUGGAAAAACCAGAAUAGAACAGCGAAAGCAGUGAUGCUGGUAUGCUGGUCAGCAGCAGUGGAAGCUGGUGUGCUUAUCAACAGCAAAACCUGCACAUGUCUGUGCUCUGGAUGCUGGUAUGCUGGUCAACCAAGAUUACCUUGCUGGGUGACCAGCUAAACCAGCACUAGAUCAGAAUGAACAAGCUUAAACCAGCAUAGAAUCCCUGCUGUGCUGGUCUUUUCAGCAGGGGUGCUAAAAUCGUUGGCAGGCUAAACUUUGAGGUGAGCUUCUAAGAUCUUUAUCUCUGGAGGUCUUAAGCCCAACCUCCCUUUGUGUUGUAUUUUCCUAUCAAGUGCCCAAAAGUGACAGCACACAGGAUGCUAACAUUGCUAAACGUGAGUAAAAACUAAAGCUUUGAGAAAGCCAGCAGCUAGCAUGACCUCAUUUGCGCCAUGCUAACCCACUCUGCUAGCUUUUGUUCGCUGUUAGCCACAUUAGCAGAAUUCGUGGCUGAACUGUUGCUUCAAAACUAAAAUUUUAAACGUUUCAAUCCAGAUUUUUGACAACUACAAACAUUUUACUGGUACAGAUGAACAGUUAAUACAUUUUCCGCCAUCAAGACUCCCAGUGUGAAGUAGCAAAAGUGGCUUCAGCGAUUGUGAUGGUCUUUAGCGUAUGUCUGUGUUUAUAAUGUGCUAUAAGAGGCUGAAUAGCUGCUCCUAGGUUAUUUAUUUCAGCUGAAUGAUUCCCACAUCUCAGGCAACGCAGCCAAGGAAGAACUAGAACACAUCAGAUGUUUACAUGCGCUGGACAAUUUAGCGCAAUCUGUUUUUUUGGGGUGUUUUUUGGUGACAGAAAUAAAAAAAAAAUCAGCAUUUCAUUCGACAGUGGUGCCUUGUAAAUUAUAUCAUUUUUUUUGUAUGGUCGGUGUAAAUAUU